CAGGUGGGGCUGUGGGGGAGUAAGCAGGGCUGGGCCCACCUCAGUAAUAGAAGCUUGUGUUCUGCCUUUCAUGGGGUGGACAGGGCUGUGAUACUAUUAUGCUGUGGGACAGUAGGGAUCUUCAUAGGGAGUGCCCAGGGCCACUGCAGUGCCACCUGGUCAGAGGGCUGGCUCUUCUUACCUUUAGUUGGAGGCAGAGCCUGGAUUUCAGAAACUCGAGGAGUAGCCAGUUCUCAUGGUAAGGGUGUAGCCCUCUCCAGCCUGCCCAUCUUCCCCAGGUCACAGAGUUCAAAGACUGUCCCGCAGUUGUGCUCAGGACCAUGCUGUGUUCUGUGACCAGUCUGGUGGUCUAGUGGCUGCUGAGGGGCUGUUGGAAGGACUGGUACUUAUUUGAAUUAUUUCUUUCUAACCUGGGUCCCCAGGUUAUUGAGGCAGCACUCUGUAGAGCUGGUGUGUUCUCAAUCAGAGUUGGUUUUCCUUUCAUUCUAGAAGCAGUAGUGAUUAUUAACUUCCACUGGAUUUUCUUUGAGUGUUAGUGAUUUCUGUGGUGAUAUAUGGGUUCUCCCUGAGUCAGACAACUGGGUUUAUUGACCCCUUGAGGUCCCAUACUUGCUUGGUUUAUUGACAUCUGUGAGCAGAAGGACUUAGCAGGCUCAGAAAUAACUCACACCUAGAUACCUAGAUAAACUAAUAGGACAUCAUUCAUUCGUUCAUUCAUUCAUUUUCUCUGCAGUUCUGAGUUGAACCUAGGGCCUUUGCUCUGCAGUUUUGAGACAGGGACUGACCAAAUUGCCUAGGCUAGGCUUGAACUUGCAGUCUUCCUACCUUUAUCUCCAGAGUGCUAGAAUUCCUGUGUGUGCCAUUACAGCCGGCUGGCAUGGUUUUUUAAAUGAAGCAGUGGUGAUGGGCGGAGUGUGACAGGAGGAGACUGUUGUGGACUCAAGUCCUAUCUCCUUGACAUGAACAGAGUGGGGAGACAGCCGGCCUCUGAGCCCUUACAGGAUGCAGGCUGGGGGAUUAACCUUUGGUUCUUCUCCUGGGCCUCAGGCAGACCCUCAAGGGCAGCAGAAGGAAGUGGGAGGCCUCUGGGGCCUCUGGGCCUCUAGGCCUUGGACUUCUUUACUGUUGCCUCUUACAGGUAUAGAUGGUUUGGCAAAAGUCAGGGUUCUGAAGAGGGUGCUCUCCUGUCCCCCUCCAGCUCCUGUAGCAGGCAUCAGAGAUGCCUAGGGAGUUACAAGCACAUACCCACAGAGGGAGCAGGUAGGCUUCUCAGCUCCUGGUCAGGGUGGCACUUUUUGUCCAUUGUGUAAAGGACACUGCUCAGCCAGCUUAGGGUGUGGGUCUUGGUGUCCAUCUCCAGUCUACACUCUGCUCAGCUGUUCAGUGGGUUCACGGCGCAGGUUCCCAUGCAUGCUGAGUCCCAUUCCUAAUGAAAGUAGACUUUGUUCUGAAAGGCAGCUAAUCGUGCCCCAUGGGCUGUAAUCAGGGAGAAGGUAUUUAAUGUGGGGCAGGCGGCAACAGGCGGCCUGCAUGACUGGCAGAUUUCAACAUGGCAAUUAGGGAGCCAUCGCCCCCACCCCUGCAGCUAGAGGUAGCCUCUCCUGGAUCCUUUCUGCGUAAGGGAAGAAUGAAUGUUAUGCAGCAGGGAAGGAGGCGGCCUCAUGCCCAGUGUGGCCCUGGAGUGUGCCUUUCCCCUGGCCUCACUUUCUGGGGGUGAGGAGGGUGCUUGCUGUGUUGGAUGGCUCCUGGAAUGGUGCCAACAGGUUCCAUCCAAAGAGUCACAGGCAGGCUGGGUCAGCCAGAGGCCCCUGUGCCUCACGCUUCUCCUAAGGCAUGGCUGUCCUUGUCGUGGGACCCAGCCUCACAUCCUGAGUUCUCCACCCCAGGUCCUGAGGCGUAGGCAGAGUGGGGAGGACAGCAGCAGGGCAGCAGGAGUCUUCCCUGCUCCUUGCACUGCCGUGGUGCCCUGUGACGCACUCAGCAGCGUAUGCCAUGAGCCCCAGGUGGGCCUUGGCCUUACCUUGCUUGUCAUAGCCCAUUCUCAGUUGUUUGGCUGCUUCCCUGGGGACCCCCCCCCAAUCCUCGUACAGGAUUGGGCUUCCUUCUUGGGCUGCCAUACUCUACGGCCACCUGGGAAUGCUCAGGGGUUAUACCUGGUGGCUGACCUACUGGUGGACCUUGUCCAGGUCUUCUGGUUCACCACUUUUUCCACCUGGGCCUCAGUCUCACUGCCUCUCUGGUUCCCUGUGCUUUAGCCUUGUGUCACCCUCGGCCCUUGUCCAGCCGUUAAUGGUGUCUCCGCCCCCAUGAGCUGAUCUAGAGCGCUUAGCAGAUGUUGGGAAUUGGAGAUGGGACUGGUUGUCUUCAUGAGCCCCCUGUAUUUACUGGAAUGGGGUAGAGAGUGGCUCAGAUCUCCUUAGGCAUUGGAUGUGUCCCCUAGCUGUGACUCUUUGACACUUUGGAAAAGGGCCUCCCACACAAAAUCCCCAUGUGUAGCUACUGUGCAUUUUAGUGCCAGUCCACCCCUGCCCCACCCGACCCCCUCAGACUCUCCUGAGAGUAGAUCUGUGUUGUUGCGGGGCCUGGCUGGGUGGUGGGGACCUCAGGUUAGGGUGAGGCCAGGGGAGGUGAAAGAUGCUUGAGGCCUUCUGUGAGGUGGCUCUGAAUGCAGGGACGCAGCAGAUCUGAGCGUGUCCCGUUCUGCCUGCCCAGUGCUUACACAGGGCCUGGUGCUGUUGGCAGGAGUAGAGACAAGGAGGUGAGGAAGAGGGCUGGGAAGUUAGGUCACAGCAGCAUAAGCAUCUGCCUGACAAGCACAAGGUCCUGAGUUCAGUCCCUAUAUCAAAAAAAACAAGGAGGAGUGCCUGGCUGGAGGAAGUGGAGGGGCCGUGGGAUGCAGAGAGCCAAGGGCUGACUCCCACAGGGCAGAACAGAGCGAGCAGCCGACGCCCAGACGGUGGAGGAGCCCAUACCUCCCAGAAUGACCAGUGCAGCUCCUGCCAAGAAGCCCUACCGCAAGGCCCCACCAGAGCACCGGGAGUUGCGGCUGGAGGGUCCUGGGUCCCAGCUUGAGCACGAGGAGCCUCUGACGGACGCAGAAAGGAUGAAACUUUUGCAGCAGGAGAAUGAAGAGCUUCGUCGGCGCCUGGUCUCAGCCACCCGACGCACUGAGGCCCUUGAGCGGGAGCUGGAAAUUGGGCAAGACUGCCUGGAGCUAGAGCUUGGCCAGAGCCGCGAGGAGCUGGACAAGUUUAAGGACAAGUUCCGCAGGCUGCAGAACAGUUACACAGCCUCCCAGCGGACUAACCAGGAGCUAGAGGACAAGCUGCACACAUUGGCCUCUCUUAGCCACAGCUGGAUAUUUGCAAUCCAGAAGGCUGAGAUGGACAGGAAGACACUGGACUGGGAGAUUGUGGAGCUGACGAACAAGCUGCUGGACGCCAGAAACACCAUCAACAGGCUGGAGGAGCUGAACGAGCGCUACCGGCUGGACUGUAACCUGGCGGUGCAGCUGCUCAAGUGCAACAAGUCCCACUUCCGCAGCCACAAAUUUGCCGAUCUGCCCUGUGAGCUGCAGGACAUGGUUCGGAAACACCUGCACAGCAGCUCUGAGGCUGCUAGUCCGGGUCCUGCUCCCAGCCCAGCCCCUGGGGCUGUGGUGCCCACCUCAGUCAUUGCCCGUGUGCUGGAGAAGCCAGAGUCCCUGCUGCUCAACUCUGUUCAGUCAGGCAGUGUGGGGCGGCCCUUGGCCGAGGAUGUCUUUGUGCACGUGGACAUGAGUGGGGGCUCCCCAGGGGACAUGGCCAGUCCCCCAACCCCCAGUAGUCCCACCCCCCAGCCCAAUGGUGAGUGCCACUCUCUGGAUACUGUGGGGGGCUCCCCAGAGGAGGAGCAGUCCCUGCCAGCCUUUGAGAAGUUGAGCCCCUAUCCUACCCCAUCUCUGCCCCACCCACUAUACCCUGGCCGAAAGGUGAUAGAGUUCUCGGAGGAUAAGGUCCGCAUCCCUCGCAACAGCCCACUGCCCAACUGCACCUAUGCCACACGCCAGGCCAUUUCCCUGAGCCUGGUGGAGGAGAGUGGUGAUCGGGCCCGCCCCAGCCCGGGGCCCAGCAGCCCUGCUUCAGCCCAGGCCUCCCCACACCACCAGCCUGGCCCUGUUGCCCCCAUGCCCAGCAACCCAGCCAGCUCCACUAGCUCUGAAGAAGACUUAUUGGCCAGCUGGCAGCGGGCAUUUGUGGACCGCACUCCACCACCUGCUGCUGUGAUCCAGCGCACUGCCUUUGGGCGGGAUGCCCUCCCUGAGCUGCAGCGCCACUUUGCCCUUAGCCCUGCCGACCAAGAUGAAGUGAUUCUGACACCCUCAGCCCCUCCUGAUGAGAGUGGGCUUCUGCUACUAACAGAACCUAACCGAGACUUCCCCAAGGAGGAGGAAGAGGAAAUGCUGAACCUGCCUGUCAGCCCUGAGGAAGAGCGCCAGAGCCUGCUGUCUGGGGACAGGGGUGCAGAGGAGGGGUCUGGCACUUUGCACACUGAGGGUAGGGGCUGGCCACUCCCUGGCUCCAGCCGCCCCCAACGCAGUCCCAAAAGGAUGGGAGUACACCACCUGCAUCGAAAGGACAGCCUAACCCAGGCCCAGGAGCAGGGUACCCUGCUCAGUUAGGCCAUCCUCAAGGACAGCCUGGCUUGCUGGUCUGGGAGCAGGCAGCCUGCAGAGAGUUGGGCCUGGCCUCUUUCCCCUGACUUGCACAGUUUGGUUCCCUGUGUGAGUGACAGGCUAUGCCAGGCCUUUCAGUUUGACAGUGGCACCAGCUUGCCUCCUUUGUGACUUGUCCUUGUCUUGGAGUAUUUAUUCUCCAGAGUAAUGUGCUGAUGGCCUCAGGCCAUUCUCUCCAUCGACAGCCCAGGUUGGGCUGCCCCAGGACACAAGGGGCUCAUCAGUGUUCAUCCUGACCUCCCUGCAUGUUCCUGGGCUAGGUGGUUCAGGGUGUCACUGGAAUUAACCUCUGGGUGGUUUUCUUCUGCACUGCAUGAGCUGUUGCCCUUCAGGUGCCUGGCCUAGCUCCCUGGGAUGCAGAAGUGAGACUCAGGGCUCCCCUUGCUGCUCCUGUGCCCUGGAUAGGAGAGUGUGGGCUCCAGAGGCCUCAGGCUGGGCUCUGUGUGAAGUCCAGCUCCUCCCAACCUUGGCUCUAGACUGUUACUCCCAGCUUUGGGAACUUUUCACAUUGAUGACUAUUUUAAAAUAAAACUAUUUUACUGGUA